AUGGCGCAAUUAAACACGGAACUUUUUUCAGCUGACACAACAAAAUUAUUCAGGAUGGGUUCUAUUGCUAUGGAAGAAUAUGAACUGAUGAAGGACUCAAAGUACAGAGUGUAUGUUUCUGCUGUUGACAAAGCAUUGAAAAACUUUGAAUAUACUAGUGAGUGGGCAGAUCUAAUAUCUGCUCUUGGGAAACUGAAUAAAGUGCUGCUGAAUUAUAUGAAAUUUCCAGUUAUUCCACGCCGUAUAAAAAUCAGUAAGCGUCUUGCACAGUGUAUGCAUCCAGCACUGCCUUCAGGUGUUCAUUUAAAAGCUCUUGAGACUUACGAUAUAAUAUUCAAAUGUAUGGGAACAAACCGUUUAAGCCAUGAACUGUUCAUUUAUAGUGCUGGCUUGUUUCCACUUCUGGGCCAUGCUGCCAUGAAUGUCCGUCCUUCUCUUCUCACUGUAUAUGAAACACAUUUUGUACCUCUGGGAGAGAGACUUAGACCUGGACUUAGUGGUUUCUUGAGUGGUGUUCUACCAGGCUUAGAAGAAGGUUCUGAUCAUUUUGAAAGAACUACCUCAUUGUUAGAAAAAGUUUGUGAUGGAGUAGGUCCAAACCACUUUUAUGGAUGUCUGUGGGAUUGCAUAGCAGCAAACAGUGGUAUACGCCUCCCUGCUAUAUCCUAUGUUCUGUCACACUUCAACAAGAGGCUUUCUAUGGAAGAUCAGUUAUUCAUCAUGGGGACCAAUGUUGACAUUAUGGUUAGUGCACUAUGUGCAUGUAUGCAAGACACUAGUGUGCUGGUGCAGCGCAGUGCGCUCGACCUGCUGCUUGUGGGAUUUCCCAUGCACAAUAACCAGUUAUUGCGCACUGAUGUGGUACGACUUGUAACGGCCUCUCUUACUACCAUACUUCGUAGAGAUAUGUCACUGAACAGGCGUUUAUUUGCUUGGCUACUAGGAUCAGAAGUAAAUGUAUCUUUGCUGAGUUCAGAACAUCCUCUUGUUAAGAAAUCUCGCAGCAUAGAAUCUACUUCAUCCAAUACCUCACCAUAUUUUGAGAUGUAUUCCAGAGAUCUCUUGAUUCAGGCUAUAAAAAUUACUCUAAGUCAGAGUGCAAGUCAUCCACAAGAUGUUCGUCCUUAUCGCCUUUUGGUUUCUCUCUUGGACAAGCCAGACAUAGGGCCUGAGAUUUUAGAUGAUAUCCUGUAUGAAGUUUUCAGGACACUCUAUUUAGCUUGUGAUGGAGGCAAACUGGCUUCUGCUGCUUCCACAGCUACAUACAAAGGCAGCCAAGAGCUUCUGAAGUCUGCUAAUUUGUUGUUCAGCACACUUGAGCCAUGUUACAUUUGGGUCUACUUGGGUACCCUUUUUGAUAAAGCUUGUGGUGCUCAAGCAACUGUUGAUACAGCAAAGAUCUCGCAACCUGUGGAUUUGAAAGUUAACGAUGAAGUGAAAUCUGUUGGUCAAGGACAACCAAAUCUCCUAGAGGUAUGUACACUUGCAGAAUUCCUUCUGGAUGCUGUAUCUCUGGAGGCAUACAUGGACACCACGAGUGAGCAUUUACCAGGACUCUUUCUUCACAUUAUUUGCAAGUUAACAGAGCAUUGUGAUAAUCUCUCAGCAGAAGAUAUAGCACGUUCUCUCCAACUGUGUGCAAAAAUACUUUCAAAAGUGCAGCCCUCAGUGGUAGCGGUUAGUUCACUAAAUGGGAAAUCAGCAAGUGAUCAGAUAGACACAACCAUUAACCAAGUAUGUAGCCCCAUAGAGCACAGCAAGUCUUUACCAGAUAUUACUGAUAAAAGCAAAAAAUCAAGAUCCAGUGGUAAGGGUUCAAACAAAAACAAGAAAUCAAAGUUUCGCUUGAAACAGUCUGGUGAGAAAAAUGAAGUCAUUGAUGAAAUUAGUCCUGUUGUAGUAACAGUGAGUUCCAAUUCUCAAGAAAAUUUAUGUGAAGAAAGGACAGUUGAUGAAUCUGCUGCUGAAGUUACAGCCAAUGGACAUCUGAACAUUAGUAUUAGUAGUUCAGGAAAACUCAGUCCCAAUCUGUCUUACGGAAGUGCAGCGCAGCUAACAGAUACUGAAACUAGUUUGAUGGGAAGUGAAGCUGAUAUAACUAGUCAGUCAGUUUCAGAAGAGUCGUGUGAACCUCCUUUAUUGCCUUCAAAACAGCAGUCAUUGCUUGAAGAGUGCUUAAAACAGUAUAAAAUAUUCUAUGUGAAGUUUAUGUGUAAUAAACGGUUAAUGGGCUGUGAUGUGGAUUCUCUCUUCAAACAACUUAUUAUUCAUCCACAAGAAACAGAUGAUGAAAGGACUGAAAAGCUUAUAUGUAUUUUGAAUAGGUGUUUGGAAAGCAAUGAUCACAGUUGUCAGUUCUGCGAAGAAAUUACAGAGCUGGAAAAACAUAACUAUUCUACUCUAUCAGGAAAAAAUGACAAUAGAAGGAAAAUAUACUUUUGCAAGUCUAAUGCCCAAGAGUGGGAAUCACCUGUAAAAGUAUCAUGCAAUCUCUUGGUGGAACUGUCCACAUUUCCCACUUACUGUCUUCCAGAAACACCGAUAGACGAGCCAACAGGUAAAAUACUGUGCUUUUUACUUCAGUUGAUUUUGCUAAUAUAUGUACAGCCUCAAUUGUUUGAGGCAAUCGCUAUAGUUCAUCUGUAUGUUCAAACCUUGAGGGAUCAAAACAUACUCUCAUCACAGUUAAAAAGAAAAGGUUUAGAAAUGUAUGUUGAGAUAAAGAUUACAAUGUUUCAGUAUUUAAAUACACAUUUUAAUGCAUAG